UAUAAACGGCAACAUGGCCGAAAUGCAAGAACUUUUAAAACAACAGCAGGAAUUUACACAGAAUUUACUAAAACAACAGCAAGUUUGGAUGCAGUCGUUCAUGCAAAAUUUCCCUGGACCAAGUUCUUCAGGAAAUAUGGACCAGCAAAUGGUGCCAGCUUUUCAUAGUUUCGACAAGGAUCGCCAAAAUUGGGACUCAUACUUGCAGCAGUUAAAACAACAUUUUUUAGCGUACACAGUGUCAUCUCCAGAAAAACAAAAAUCAUUUUUUUUAUCGUGGAUAGGAACUGAAAUGUUUGACUUGUUAAAAAAUUUAUUUGGUUCCUCAAAUCUUGAACUGCAAACAUUUAGCAUGUUAACGGAAAAGCUAACGGAACAUUUUAAAGUCUCACAUCACAUUGUUGCUGCUCGAUAUGAAUUCUUUAAAAAAGAAAUGAGAAACAAUCAAACAUACAAGGAGUGGGUUGCAGACCUGCGUGGUCUUGCAAGAGAGUGUAAGUUUAUUUGCAGUUCCGAAGCAUGCUCAGCAAGUUUCGUUGACGACAUGAUACGUGAUCACAUAAUUGUCCAUACACCUCAUGAUGCAGUCAGAGCAGCAUCUUUACAGAAGCAGCAAGCAACGCUGGCAGAUGUUCUACUCAUAGCAGAGUCGUUCGAGUCAACAACAAAAACAGUAGCUGUUAUUAAAGAGAAUAUAAACGAUGAAUCUAUACAAGUGAACGCAGUUACCAAACACAAUUUACAAACUCAUAAAAACAACGUGAAACAAAAUUUGUUUAAAUCUUGUUCGGGCUGUUUUGUCUCACACAAAAGAGAAAAUUGCAAAUUUAGGUUCGCGACCUGUAACAAGUGUGGUAAAAAGGGACAUAUUUCGCCCGUCUGUAUGUCAGAAAAUAUAAAUACCAACAAAAGAAACAAGAGAAAUUAUAAUAGAAGAGAUAUUGACAUAAUUGAAACAAUUUUUGAUGUAACCGGUGUAGUAAAAAAUAAAGACUCAAAAAGUUUUAUACAACUGGAGAUUUUUAAUCAAAUUGUAAAUUUUCAAAUGGAUUCCGGUGCUUCCAUUUCUAUUAUAACCUUGAAAACGUAUAGAAAACUAAACAGACCAAAAUUGAUACAAACAAAACGAAUGUUAUACGGCUUCGGUAAAAAAGAAAUACCAGUGUUGGGUGAAAUUCAUACAACAGUCAAGUGCGGCGGACAGCGGAAAAACGUUGUUAUUGUUGUUGUAAAUACAGAAGUUGGUGACAAUCUUUUUGGUUAUGAUCUGUUUAGAAAAUUUGGUUUUGAAAUUCAGCAAAUUAAGACUAUUACUGCUGUUUCUGUUACAUUUAGUAAAAAUAUUAAUGAUUUACUUGCAAAAUACAAAGAUAUUUUUGAACCGGCUCUGGGUGUAAUAAAACAUUUUAAAGCAAAUAUCCGCCUAAAAUCCGAUGCCCAACCCAGAUUUUUUAAAACUAGACAAAUACCAUAUGCUCAAAUGCCACAAUUUAAGCAGGAAAUUGAAAGGCUUAUUAAUGAAGGUAUUUUAAAACCUGUGAAAUUUAGUGAGUGGGCUUCGCCCAUUGUUUUGGCAAAAAAGCCAAACAACUCUAUACGCAUAUGCGGAGACUUUAAGGUAGCUGUUAAUGCACAGAUUGAUAUUGAACAAUAUCCCUUGCCAACUCGUGAUAAUUUACUGCACAUUAUUCGCAAUGGUAAAUACUUUUCUACGAUCGACCUCAAAGAUGCAUAUCUACAGAUGCAAUUAGAUGAUGAAUCAAAGAAAAUAAUGGUAAUUAAUACCCCGGCCGGUCUGUUUCAAUAUCAAAGGUUGCCGUAUGGAGUUGCAAGUGCGCCAGCAAUUUUUCAAAAAUAUGUGGAACAACUUCUUACUGGUAUAGAAGGUUGUGGGAAUUACCUGGAUGAUAUUAUAAUAUCUGCACCAACAAUAGAAAAACAUUUUGAACUCCUUGAAAAAAUCUUAGUGAUUUUAAAAUCUAAUGGCAUUAAAUGUAAAAAAGAAAAAUGCCAAUUUUUAAAAGAUAAUAUAACAUAUCUGGGCUGUCAGAUUAGUUCCAACGGAAUUUUGCCAGAUGAAUCCGGUGUACGUGCAGUUAAAAAUUUAAAACCCCCUAGUGAUAUCAAGGAAUUAGAAGCUUUCAUGGGUAAAGUAAAUUAUUACCACAGUUUCGUGCCAAACUUUUCGAAUUUGGCUGCGCCAAUCAAUAUGUUAAGAAGGAAAGGCGUUCCUUUCAAGUGGGGCACAGCUCAACAACAGGCUUUUAAUCAACUGAAAAACCACAUUGUAAAUGCAACACAAUUAGCACAUUUUCAGGAUACAUUACCCUUAGUUCUCGCUACCGAUGCUUCACCUUUUGGAAUAGGCGCGGUCAUAUCACACCUGUAUCCCGAUGGAUCUGAAAGGCCAAUUGCUUUCGCCUCAAAAACUCUAGAUCAACACCAAGUUAAGUAUAGUCAAAUUGAAAAAGAAGGACUUGCAAUAGUAUUUGGAGUAAAGCGUUUUCACCAACACCUCUAUGGACGAAAAUUUAUCCUGCUAACGGAUCACAAGCCUUUGGUAAGCAUUUUUAAUCCAAAUAAGCAUUUACCUACAAUGACAGCUCACAGAUUGCAGCGUUGGGCCAUUACCCUUAUGGCAUACCAAUUUGAAAUUAAAUAUCGUAGAACCACAGAGCACGGCAAUGCUGACGCUCUAUCGCGUUUACCUUUUGAAGGCGAUGACAAUUUUGAUAAGGAGGAAGCAUGUUUCAAUAUAACUUUCGAAAAUCUUCCAAUAAAUAUAGAACAAAUUCGAGCACAUGCUUCAAAAGAUAAAAUACUCCGUGAAGUACGUCAUUUUAUGGAAAAAGGCUGGCCGGAUCAUCUAACUUCUGAAUAUUCUCACCUCAAUCCAUUUUUCAACCGAAAAAACUCAUUAACAAUAUAUAACGAUCUUGUUUGCCUGCAAACCGAAUUUAUUCGUGUUGUUAUACCAGACACUUUAAAACAAAAAACUUUGGAGCUUUUACAUGAUGGUCACUGGGGUGUAGUGAAAAUGAAGCAACUCGCCAGGCAGCAUAUUUGGUGGUGUAACAUGGACGAGGAUAUAAAGCAAUUAGCUUCAAAGUGUGAAAUUUGUAAAAUUGAAAACCAAUCUCCACCAAAAGAAUACCAAAGUUGGCCUGCACCAAAUAAACCUUGGUCACGAGUACAUAUCGACUUUGCGGGACCGAUAUUUAAUUCCAUGUGGCUUAUAUGUGUCGAUUCGUUUUCACAAUUUCCCUACGUUUCGUCAAUGUCAAGUACAACAUCAGAGGAUACAGUUGCAGCCUUGUCAACUAUAUUUUCAAUGGAAGGAAUCCCUGACACCAUUGUCAGCGAUAAUGGACCGCAACUAACGUCUGCUACUUUUCAAAAUUUUUGUAAAAACCUUGGUGUACAACAUAUUACAACAGCCCCAUUCCAUCCCGCAUCUAACGGCUUAGCUGAAAGAUUUGUUAGAACAUUUAAAUCGUCCGUGCGCAAGAAUAUUGAUGACAAUAUGUCAAUUAAAGAAGCAGUAUUUAAAUUCCUGUCGACAUACCGUUUUAUGCCUAAUGUAGAUGGCAAAUCCCCUAUAGAGUUAAUAAGAGGUAGGCCCGUUCGUACAGUUUGGUCUCAGCUAUUGGAUAGGAAGAAAACCUCACAACAUAAGUAUGCCACAAAAUUCCAACAAAACCAACAAGUUUACAUUCGCUAUUAUGGCAAAGGAAAGCAGUGGAUUCCAGGAAUCAUAAAACAUCAAAUGGGCAGAAUGCUAUAUAAAGUUAGCACUGAAAUGGGUGACUGUAGACGUCACAUAAAUCAGAUUAAACCCAGAUUAUCCACAAAUUCACAACUAAAUUCUCGAAAUGAUCUAAGUAAUGAUUAUUCAUACUUAUCGUUAUCAGGUGAACUUUCGGAUUCUGUACAAAACCAACCACAAGAGCCUAGUGAACCGGCAGCAGUAAGCCAAGAGCCGGAGGUUAGAACUCCCGUAGAUAGAACAGUGAACACACCUCAACAGGAACUUCGUCGAAGUGCCAGGAUGAGAAAGGGAGGCACUACCAACAGCUGACUACAUAGUAUUUUGUUUGUUUAAACAUUAUCAAAGAAAAAAAACCAAAACAAAAACAAAAACUACCUAAUAAACAAGCAAUUUGUAUACUAUUUCUAAUGAUCAAAUUUGACAUUAGAAUUUAGUUUCGCUUAACAACUCAACUCGAACACUUAUAACGCAAAAACAAAUUUUAU